CGCAAAAGCUCUCGCCUUUGCCUCUUGUGCUCCCCAAGAACCCACCUUUCGCCUCCGCCGCCUCGCCGGCGGCCAGCCCAGCCAUGAAGGCCAAGCGCAUCCUCAAGCGGCUCUCCCGCGUGGCCGACGACUCCUCCCUCGCCCACGCCCACGCCUCGGCGGCGUACCAGCAGCUCCGGCCGAAGGCGGCGGCGGCGGCGGCGCCGGGCAAGGUGCCGCAGGGGCACGUGCCGGUCUGCGUCGGCGAGGAGGGCGGCCCCGUGGAGCGGUUCGCCGUGCGGGCCGAGCUGCUGGGGAGCCCGGCGUUCGCGGCGCUGCUCCGCCGCGCCGCCCAGGAGUACGGGUACGGCCACCCCGGCGCGCUCCGCAUCCCCUGCCCCGUCGCCGACUUCCGCCACCUCCUCCUCAGCCUCUCCUCCGCCGACGACCACCCCUCCUCCGACUUCUAGGCCGCCGCCGCUCGCCGGCUCUCCGGCCUCGCCGCCUCCGCCCUUCUUGGCCGGGCGCAUUUUACGCCUUUGCCACUGGAGGCCGUGGCCAUUUCACCAUUUUACCCCUGGGUAGAAUUAGAGUGUACAUAGAGGGACUGGACUGGGAGAGAUGCAGAGCUUUUGAUCUGAUCAUCUGAUGCAGAUUAUGGGUGGCAGGAUUGGGAUUUGGGGUAGCAUUUCACCUACAGAUUUGUGAAUUUCUCUUUUCUUUUUUACUACUAGUACUUAGUAUGAUAUCUUCUAGCUGCUGAUGGGUAGAACUAUGGGUGUUCAUUUUUUCUAAUCACUCCCUUUUAGUUCUAGGACUUGCAGUAGUUUGUGAGAGAGAGUGGGUGAGGAUUUUGUGGUGUUCAGCAUUAACCAUACAUGUAAUCCUUGACCUUGAGGCUAGUUUGAUGCCAUUUAUAUAUUAUUAUGGAGUUAGUGGUAGUAA